AUGUCUGCCAUCACGUCUGUGUUGUUGUUACUUCUGCUAAUUUCCGGUUUGGCUGUUGCCAUGGAGCCAGGGGUCAGGCUUGCGGUCACCAACAAAGGGCUGGUUUAUGCCGAACAAGUUGCGGGGGCUGAACUCAGGAGUAGGUUACAGACACUCAGCUUCCCCGACCAGUCAGGAAGUGAGGGCAGCAAGUCUUGGUCUAUCACGAACAUUCGUAAAGAUGGUAUCUCCGGACCAGACGCACACAUCUCGCUGAAUCCCGUGGCAGGCGGGAUCACACUGGGCAUCUCCAACUUCGGCAUAAGUUUCUAUGCAGACUGGAACAUCAAGUACAGGAUUAUAUUCAGAUUUAGCUCCAGCGGGAGUUUGGAUUUCAGCAUAUCAGGAGCUUCUGUUACCCUGGUAGCAGGACUGGGAGAAAAGAAUGGUCGUCCCACUGUGUUCGCGAAAUCCUGCAGUUGUAACGCCGGAGACAUCGGCAUCAAGUUCCAUGGAGGGAUUGUAGCAUGGAUCUUGAACAUUUUUAGAGCAACAAUAAGAGGAAAAAUUAGAGAUAAACUCCAAAAUGAGGUGUGCCAGAUUGUCACUGAACAAGUUAACACUCGAGCAGACCAGGAACUUUCCAGAAUGAAAGUGAAUCUGGAGAUUGCUAAGCAGUUUAUCCUGGACUACAGCCUCACUAGUGCUCCCAUUGUCACAGGCAACUACGUUGAGGUCGCUACCAAGGGAACCGUCUACUGGAAAGACAACAGACAAGAAAGUCCAUUCAUGCCAGAUUUGCUGCCACCUUUGUCUGAGUUCAGCAAAAUGUUGUAUGUGGAUGUGACCGAGUACUCGGUUGACACUUUGGCCUAUGUGGCACACACCAAUGGCUUCCUUAAGUACGCCAUAACAGUGGACAAUCUAAAGGAUCAUUAUCCGAACUCGAAACUUGAACUUCGAAUCAGCUCUUCAAGAGCCCCAAGUGUGAGGUUUGAGAGCACAAAACUGACCAUUGCCGCCGCAGCAAGAGUGGAAGUGGCUGCCCACACACCGGACGGAGUGGUGACCCCACUUUUACUAAAAGUAAGCGUGUCGGUGACUGUAGAGCCGUCUGUUGUCAAUGGGAAUUUGACCGGAAGUAUAACUGCUUACAAUUUUCACAAUGCUGUCAUCCAUUCGGACAUUGGAGAGAUUGAUGAAGAAGAAUUGGACAAGCUUAUCCGUCGAGCCAUUGAUGAGGUGGUUAUCCCUGGGUUAAACGAAUACUGCAAACAAGGCAUCCCACUACCAGUCACCGGUAUCUUCCGCCUCUACAACGCAAAAGUGAACUUGCAGAAAGGCUACAUGCAAAUAGCAACGGAUGUAGAAUAUUUGAAGUGA